AUGUAUUUGUUCAUUAAGAGAAAGGAAGGAGACAGAGAGAGAUUCGUUCCUGAUUCAUUUAUGAAGGUGAUCUCUUUUCCUAUUUCAUCUAUUUUAUUCUUCUUUCACGCUCUAAUUCUCAUGAAGUUUGUUACAGUUGCUGCCAUUGCAUCCCUUUUUGUACACCAAGUCCUUGCUAAGCCUGCAGAAGGAUGUCUCCAAACUCAUAUAAUUACUACAAACGAUACCUGUGUAUCUGUUGCUGCACAAUACAAAAUUUCUGAAGCUGAUUUCUACGCUAUGAAUCCUGGCCUUCAUCACAGUGUUCAACAUAAUUGCGAUAAUCUUGAUACAGGCAAGCCUUUCUGUGUUUGCUUAACAGCGCCAUGUGCUGUUGCUGCAGACGUGGUGUCUAACAACGUUACUACUCCCACUAACUCCUCUACUGCUGCCUCUGCCUCCAUUGCUGUAUCUGGCGCCUCCACUUCACUUCCAUCUGCAUCCGCUGCUUCAUCAUCUGUUGUUUCUAGUAUCCUUUCUUCUAGUGCCUCUGCUUCAGUCUCCAGUACCUCAAUUUCCAAUGCGCCUAGUUUAAGUGCCAGUCCUGCAUCUGCCAGUAAGACUCCUAGUUCAGCUGUUUCUCUCACCUCUUCUUCAGCUCUCGUUGCUGCCGGUAUUGCCUGUAUUGCCGUCUCUGCUUUUAUUUAA